AUGUCUGCCCUCUUUCCAGUCGCAGAGUAUGCCGAAGAUCAGCCACUAUCACGCACCAUCCUGACCACGCACGUCUUACAUCGCGGCUUUCAAUCAGGUGCUGCAGUGGGAAUCCUUGUCGGUGGAGUACGAUCUAUACUGCCAUCCAAGACAAUAUCAAACUCCAUAUCAGUAAAACAGCAUCCGCAGCGGAAUAUUUCGUCUUUGAUUCCUAGAACAGGAGGUGGAGCAGGAGGGGGUGUUGUUCCAUUCAAAGCCGACGCCAACAUGUCUGGUUUAGCAAGGCAAUUCUUUUCUACAACAUCUACCGCCUUUUCUUCAUCCACCUCCCCUGCCUCCAUCUCAGGUUCAGCCCUCCAACCUGCAACUAGCGCCCUGAUCCUCCGCAGCACUGGCGUCGGUUCUCUAAUCGGUUUCUCCGCUAUGGCUAUCAUGCUUCCUUUCUACAUGCGUGGUAAAGAGAAGAUUGAGUGGCAAGACCGUGCCUAUCGCCUACUUCACAACAAGGGCCAGGUCGAGAUGGAUAAUUAUAGCCUUGUCGGGGCAGGGGGAGCGCUUGCUGUGGGGUGGUACCGGGGCGGCGGGGUGAACGGAUUGGGGAAACAAGGGUGGAAAAUCGUGCUCGGACACGUCGGUGUAGGGAGUCUCGUCGGUGUAAGUAUCGGUGUGCUUGGGAAUGAAAUUCUACGAGGAAUGAAGAAGGAGGAGUAG